AGGCUGAGAGCAAUCGCACGGGUUCCGCCCGCUCAAGCCCAGGACAGCGUGCAAAGAAUCAAUGAGCCCCUUCGGCCCGAAGGCCCGGCCCUGCCGCGACUUCACUCGUGGGACUGCGCAUGUGCCAGAGGCGGCCGCCCGAAGCUACUGACAGCCGUGUGGCAGGGCCGGCCUUCGCGCAGGCGCACUGGUGGCUGCCCGGAGCGCUUCCGCCUCCCCGCCGCCGCCGUCGCCAUGGCCGCGCCGGCCCCGGGCCUCAUCUCGGUCUUCUCGAGCCCGCAGGAGCUGGGCGCGUCGCUAGCGCAACUGGUGGCGCAGCGGGCGGCGUGCUGCCUGGCGGGGGCUCGCGCCCGCUUCGCGCUCGGCCUGUCGGGCGGCAGCCUCGUCUCGAUGCUGGCCCGUGAGCUGCCCGCCGCCGCCGCCCCCGCCGGCCCCGCCAGCCUCGCGCGCUGGACCGUGGGCUUCUGCGACGAGCGCCUCGUGCCCUUCGAGCACGCCGAGAGCACGUACGGUCUCUACCGGACCCACUUGCUCUCCAGGCUGCCCAUUCCUGACAGCCAGGUGAUCACCAUUAACCCCCAGCUGCCUGUGGAGGAGGCGGCCGAGGACUAUGCCAAGAAGCUGAGACAGGCCUUCCAAGGGGACUCCAUUCCAGUUUUUGACCUGCUAAUUCUCGGGGUGGGUCCUGAUGGCCACACCUGCUCGCUCUUCCCAGACCACCCCCUCCUGCAGGAGCGGGAGAAGAUCGUAGCCCCCAUCAGUGACUCCCCAAAGCCACCACCACAGCGCGUGACCCUCACACUUCCUGUGCUGAAUGCGGCCCGAACCGUCAUCUUCGUGGCAACUGGAGAAGGCAAGGCAGCUGUCCUGAAGCGCAUUUUAGAGGACAAGGAGGAGAACCCGCUCCCCGCCGCCCUGGUCCAGCCCCACACUGGGAAACUUUGCUGGUUCCUGGACGAGGCAGCGGCCGGACUCCUGACUGUGCCCUUUGAGAAGCAUUCCACGUUGUAGCUGGCCCUAGGGACACCGCGGCGGGGACCGCAAAUGACCCUCAUGGGCCGGGACCUUCCUGGGCUGGGGCCCGCUGCCACCACCGCUCCAGGCUUCAUUUUCAAAAAGCUGUGUGGUGCCACGGGAAGGCUGCAGGGUCCGGCCGCCAGCCCCGUGCCCCCGGGGUGCUCAGCCCACCGGCCAUGGCUCUGCGUGACCAGAUAUUAAAGGGAACAUUUGCUUGAA